GUCUCCUCCAUUCACACACAUAGCAACUCCUCCUCCAUCGCCACCUCCCCUCUCCCCAGCUGGUGGGAAGGUUUUGCAGUGCCAGGUCAGCCCCGGCUUCCUUCUGUUCUGUGCGCCGGCUGAGCUGGACUCAGACCUGCCCUCCCAUCCCCUGCUACUGUCACCUCCUCCUUCUCCCUCCCGGGCUCCAGCUGAUCCGGUGCCCCCCGCAGCCUUUGCUUAUCCGUGCUAGGCUUCGCUACAAGAUGGCGGGAUCCCUGGUUGAAAGCGAAGCACUGAUGGGCGUUAGACGUUUGAGCAGUCCCUUAACGUCCCCGGUACAAGCUGAGGUUUAUUUUCCACGACUGACAGUUCCAUUCUGUGGCCAUAUAAAAGGAGGCAUGAGACCAGGAAAGAAAAUCCUUAUUAUGGGGAUUGUUAACCUGGAGCCAAAGAGUUUUGACAUCAGGUUGACAUGCGGGGACUCAGAAGAUCCAGCAGCCGAUAUUGCCAUUGAGCUGAGAGCAGAGUUUGCUGACAAACAGCUUCUAAGGAACGCUUGUGUAUCCGGAAAGUGGGGAGAAGAAGAAUCAGCAAUACCUUAUUUCCCCUUCAUUGCAGAUCAGCCUUUCAGGGUAGAGAUACACUGCGAGCACCCGCGGCUCAGGAUAUUUGUGGAUGGACAUCAGCUGUUUGAUUUUUAUCAUCGCGUCGAGACACUUUCAGCCAUUAACACAAUUAAAAUUAACGGUGACCUACAACUGACCAAACUUGGUUGAUGACUGCGAUGUUCCUGUGCCACCAGUGGACUAGUUCAACUGCAACCAUGCAAGGUCACCAAGCAGCGCAGUUCCUUCUGCCAGCAACCCCAGUGACCUUGUAUUUACUUCUGAGAGUAACAGGCCGAGAGACUAUAGUCACAGAGAGACAGUUUUUAUUUGAUUGUAGUAAUGGACAGUGCGGUACUUCACAGGUGGCUGCCAUGUAUAUUACCUACAAUUAUUCUUUUUUUUUUUUUUUUGACCUGGACUACAAUAAACUGGAAACUGCAAGUCACAUGACUUGUGCUUCUUUUUUAAUUUUUGGUUUGUUCUGAAAUAUAUCUGCCAUGUGUAUGCCACUUACACCAUGCAGCCAAUGAAUGAAAGAGAUUUCAGUUGUAUGCCUUUCAUUGAUUGGUUUGACAGUAGCAGUUUCCUUUUUUUUCUAAUUUCCUUGGUUUUAGCAUGUAGCAAGUACAUAUAUUUUUUGGCAAUGGGGGGAAAAGACUGCUACUUUAAUACUAUUAUAUCACAAGGCCCUUACAUCGUGCUCUUGGGAGCAGUGGGCCUGCAGUGUGGCAAAAAAGGUUAAUAUAUAACCAUUUUUUAACAAAGUGCUAAAAUAACAUCCAAACAAAAACACUUUUUUUUGUAAAAACAUUGUUUCUGCACUGAAGUGUACUAGCCUAGCACAACAAUAUAUUUAUAUUUAGUCAGGGUAUUUGCAUAGAAUGUAGAGUAUGUUUCUUUGCACUGUGUAUUGUUGACACUUAUACCGCUUUGAUGGUAGUUUAUUUAUCUAUUGUACGUAGCAAUAGAACAAUCCACGGCAUUCUUUGCCUCUGAGAUAAAGUCUGUAACCAUUUUGAAUGUACGAAUGUGCUUUUGGGUCAGCGUUCAUCCUUGUCACAUCUCAUGAACUUAAGGUAUUUAAUGUAGGUUUUUUCACACUAGUUAGCUAGACAGGAUGAUGCCGGGUAAUGAAUGUGAUUUUCAUGCUUUUUACAUUUUUUGUAAUGACUCACAAGUAUUAAGACAAUUCUGCCAUUUUUUUGUAAUUUGUUAAGAACUCAGACAGUGAUUCCAAAAAUCAAAAAGAAAAUCUAUUCUGAGAAUAAAAACAUUGAAACACAAGCUGAUAAAGACAAUAA